AUGUUCUGGGCAUCUGUGGUCCCGGCAGGGUCCAUCAGUGCCGUGCUUAUUAUUGAGGGGAUGAGGAAGAGUUCGAAAGAUUCUGGAGUGGCAAGAAGUGUGUCUCUGUCUCUUUUCAAUGUGGUAGUUCGUGGGCAGUUUUAA